AGAAGAAGGUGAACUCCUGUUUGUACUCUCUUCUCCCAGGAGACUUUGGAGACGGCUCACGCUAAGGAAGUGUCCGAGCUCCUCAGCGAGGUGAAGUAUAAAGAGGACGGUAAGAAGGAGAUGAGUGUUAACCUGUACUCUCUGCUGCCUGAGACCAUCCACACCCAACACGCUAAAGAGGUGUCAGACCUGCAGAGUGAGGUGAAGUAUAAAGAAGGUCUGAAGCAGAAGAUUCAGAGCAGUUUGUACCAUCAGCUCCCAGAGACCACAGAGACCCAGCUGGCCAAGCAGCUGUCUGAGCUGCAGAGUCAGGCAAAGUACAAAGAAGCUGGAAAGAAGGAGGUGAGCACCUGCCUGUUCUCUCUGCUGCCUGAAACGCUGGAGACUCGACACGCUAAAGAAGCUGCAGAGCUGCUCAGUGAGGUAAAGUACAAGGAGAGCGGGAAGAAGGAGCUGUCCAGCUCCCUGUACUCCACUCUGCCCGACACCACACAAACCAGCUUCUCCAGAGAGAUGAGCGACCUGCUGAGCGAGAAUAAAUACAAGGAGGACGGGGUGAAGAGCCUGUCUCAGAGUAUCUACAGUCAGCUGCCAGAGACCGCAGACAUGCAGUUUGUUAAAACCGUCUCUGAGCUGCAGAGCGAGAUGAAGUACAGAAAGGGAAAGAAGGACGUGUCCAGCUCUUUGUAUUCCACUCUGCCUGAGACUCUGGAGACGCUGCACGCCAGAGAAGCGUCUGAGCUGCAGAGUGAGCUGAGGUACAAAGCGGCUCUGAAGAAAGGUCUUUCCUCCAGCCUGUUCCACCUGCUGCCUGAGACCUUAGAGACGGCCCACACUAAAGAAGUCUCCGAGCUCCUCAGCCAGGUGAAGUAUAAAGAGGACGGUAAGAAGGAGAUGAGUGUUAACCUGUACUCUCUGCUGCCUGAGACCAUCCACACCCAACACGCUAAAGAGGUGUCAGACCUGCAGAGUGAGGUGAAGUAUAAAGAAGGUCUGAAGCAGAAGAUUCAGAGCAGUUUGUACCAUCAGCUCCCAGAGACCACAGAGACCCAGCUGGCCAAGCAGCUGUCUGAGCUGCAGAGUCAGACCAGGUACAAGCAGGCGGGUAAGAAAGAGGUGAACACCUGCCUGUACUCGCUGCUGCCUCACACCAUGGAGACACAGCACGCUAAAGAAGCUGCAGAGCAGCUCAGCGAGAUCAAGUACAAACAGAGCGGGAAGAAGGAGCUGUCCAGCUCCCUGUACUCCACUCUGCCCGACACCACACAAACCAGCUUCUCCAGAGAGAUGAGCGACCUGCUGAGCGAGAACAAGUACAAGGAGGACGGGAAGAGGAGCCUGUCUCAGAGUUUUUACUCUCAGCUCCCAGAAACCACAGAGACGGUGUUUGCUAAAAGUGUCUCUGAGCUGCAGAGCGAGAUGAAGUACAAAGAAGCAGGAAAGAAAGGAGCAACAAGUUCUCUGUACUCGACUCUGCCUGAGACCCUGGAAACGCAGCACGCUAAAGAGGCGUCACAGCUGCUGAGUCAGCUGAAGUACAAGCAGAACUUGAAGAAAGACAGUUCCAGUCUUUACCACCUGAUGCCAGAAACCAACGAGACUGAGUUUGUUAGAGAGCAGACGGAGAUGCUCAGUGAGGUACGACUGCUCAGCCUGUUCACUCCUUCAGGAUUUAUUAACUCCAGUCCAGCAGUUUUCAUAUGUUAAUAUUUAAUAGGAGAAUAUACAAAUGUAUUUACUCAUCACAGACGAGCAGCUUCUCAUCGUCUGCAUGAGCAGUUUGAGGUUUUCUCUUUGUUGUGAUGCUGCUCUCCUCUCGCCCUCGUCCUUCUGCUUUUUAUUUGUUUCAUCACAAGGUCAAGUACAAAGAAGACGGUAAGAAAGAGAUGAGCAUCAGCCUGUACUCUCUGCUCCCGGACACCAUCGACACUCAGCGUGCUAAAGAGCUGACGGAGAUGCAGAGUGAGGCUAAAUACAAAGAGGCCA